AUGGAAGCAAUGGAAAGCCAACCUUGUGUAUUUUUAGGAAUAAAAGUGAAGUCUGGACCCAUCGAACGUUUUAAGCUUGAAAAUUUCACGCUGGAUAACACGGUAGAUAAAUUAAGAGAUCAAGCCGAGAAGAAAACUGGUCUACCAUCGUCAUCCUUAGAAUUGAUCCAUCAUGGUAAAAUUUUAAAAGAAUCUAUUUCACUAAUGGAGAGUGGUAUAAAAAAUGGGGAGAUGAUACAUGUUGUGAAAAAGAAGGUCGUCCUACCACCACCACCUCCACCUACAUAUCCUGAUUCAGCAUUACAACAGUUGAACAUAUCUCUACGAACAUUAGGAUGUACUCCUAAUGCACCAGGAUGGACUAGAGCUAUGCAGUUACUCAAUGAAGAAUCAGCUAUAUCCGAGAUACUAGAGCAUGCUCCAUCAUUAGCCGAUGAUUGCAUGACAAUCUCCAUUUUGCAUGAAGUAGAGCUCUUGGCAGCCCUUGGAGCUAAUUUGCAAACAAUGCGUCGUGGUGCCGACGCUCAUCCAGAGUUACCAAACGCCUUACGACAUCUACUAAGGCUUACAAAUUCACAGUCUAAAAGUGCUACACCCGAUUCUGCACCCACAUCAGGCUUUGCUUAUUCUUUGGAAGCCCUCUCCGAAGACGAAGAUGUUGAGGAGGAGGAAACGGAAGAGGGUGAGGAACGAUCAGCCAUCACACCAGAACAACUGGCUUCAGCAUUACAGGUAGCCACUCAAGCCCUAAUGUCACGUCCGGGACGUUCGCGAAGUGUUCGUGGUGUACUCCACAUGCUUCAAGAUCAACCUACCACCACUUCUACCACAUCUACCACAACCACAAGCGAACCUACCACCGCCGGUGGCGCCAUCACGGCUGAAAUGUUCGACGAAGCCAUCAUAAGAGCCCUACGACCUAUGGAAAACACUACUGCUGCCUCUUCGUCUCAAAGUUCCGGACGUGAUUCAGACUUCACAACACAACUCAGUCACAUGCAUGAAAUAGGAUUAUUGGACGACGCCAUCAACGUCAGAGCGCUCAUCAUAUGUGCAGGUAUGAAACCUCGUGACGUCAACGCAGCUAUAAAUCUGGUGUUCAGCGGAGCUAUUGGGGAUGAUUAA